AGCUCCAGAUGGAGAGCACUGAGGUGUGAAGAGACAACACCCAGUUCUUCACUUCCUCCACGUGUCUCACCAUUACAUCUUACUGCACACACACUCUCACUAUCACUAUCUCUUUCACUUUAUCUCUUUAAGCUUUAUGUAAACACCAGUGUGGCUGAUCUUCAGCAGGUGUUUGACCUUCACUGCUUUUCUCCUGAAGUAGAUAAACAGGAAGUGAGAUCACGGCAGGAGAUGUGGACACCCAGGAGACAGGAGAUGUGGACACCCAGGAGACAGGAGAUGUGGACACCCAGGAGACAGGAGAUGUGGACACCCAGGAGACAGGAGAUGUGGACACCCAGGAGACAGGAGAUGUGGACACUCAGGAGAGCAGUGGUGACCCUAGCAGUGUUAUUAAUGCAGAUCAUUGGAUGUACAUCAGCACAGGAGACGACCAGUUCACCUAAUUUACCCAGAUUUCUGGUCACAUGUGACGACAUCUGUGACUCCAGAAAAAACUGGUUUUAUCCACUGGAUGAGAAAAUGCUUCCAGAUCCAACAUUCAAAGACUGUGAAGCUGCGUUAUACACCCUGGAUGGAGUCGUGCUGGAUCAUCACUUAAUGAGCACAAACCCAACAAACCUGAGCUCUCAGUCCUGUGCUGAAGAACUGCUGCUUAGAGUCAACUGCUUCUCACCCAAAGAAAUGGCGACUGCAGACUUUGCUCAAGACUUUAUUCCAGGUUCCACAGCAGACGUGAGGAUCUUACUGUUAGGUAAAAGUGGAUCUGGGAAAAGCUCCUCAGGAAACACAAUACUGGGGGAAAAAGUGUUCAUCAGCCCAAAACGCUACAAAGAGAAAGUGACUAAAACAUGUAGAGAACACACCUGCCAUGUUGCAGGAAGGAAGGUGUGUGUGAUCGACACCCCAGACCUGCUGGAUCCAGACGUCACAGAAGACGAGCUCCACCGAGAGGAAGACAAACUGCUAUCUCUGUGUCAGUCUGGUCUUCAUGCUGUACUACUGGUGCUUCCUGUUGCAGAUGAGCUGCAGAGUGAGCAGGAGACACUGGACUUUAUUAAAGCACUGUUCAAUCCUGAUGUUCAGAGGUUCAUCAUAGUUCUGUUCACACGAGGAGACGAGCUGGAGGAGAACGAGACGGUUGCAAAGCUUGUAGAGAAGAACGGAGAACGUGAGCUCAAGCAGCUGCUUAAAGACUGUGGCAACAAAAGCCAUGUUUUUAAUAACAUCAUCACAGAGCAGACACAAGUCACUGAGUUACUGUGUAAAAUUACCUCCAUGGUGAGCGAGAACGGAGGGCAGUUUAUCAUGAACCAGAAGAGAAGGUCCAGUAUACAGAUGAACAUCAUGUUUUCAGGUGCAGAAGGUGCAGAAGAUAUCCAGCCUGAUCAACAAGUUCCCCAGCUGAGAAUGGUGCUUCUGGGAAAGACUGGAGUUGGGAAGAGUGCAUCUGGAAACAGCAUUCUGGGAAGAAACAUGUUCCAGUCAGCUUCUAACUCCACCUCACAAACCAGAGAGUGUAGUUCUCACAAGCUCUUACGAGGUGGUAAACAAAUCUCCAUCAUCGACACACCUGGAAUUUUUGAUACCCAGCUCAAUAAGGAGGAUGUGAUCAUAGAGAUAAUGAACUGUUUGAGCUAUUCGUCUCCAGGACCUCACGUUUUCCUCAUAGUCAUCAGUUUAGCUGUACGCUUCACCCAGGAGGAGAGGAGCACUGUGGAUGAAAUCAAAAAGACCUUCCAGAACGCAGACAGAUACACAAUGAUUCUCUUUACGUAUAAAGACAACAUGAAGCAGAGCAUCAGUCAGUUCCUUCAGGAUGGAGACCCUGCUCUCAGAGACUUAGUAGCCAGAUGUGGAAAUCGCUACUACUGCUUAAACAACAAGGCACCAAGCUACAGACAGUUCAAAGAGUUCAUGGAGAAAGUGGAGCAGAUGGUGCACGAUAACGACGGGACUCACUACACUGACCACAUCUACGACGAUGUCGAGAGAACGAUCCUUCAUAUUCAACAAGAGAAGUUAAAAGAGAAAGUGGAACUGUGCAAAAGGAGAUAUCCUGAAGCAUCCAGGACCGAAUGGCAGAAGAUCUACUGGUCACUUCUGCAGGACUCGAGAACAGAAGCACAGAAGAGUCUGGUGAAGGACCAACACAUUCUGAAGCUGGCUAAAAUGUUUGGAGAGCUGCGAACAACAUCAGAGGAGAAGAGUGCAGCGAUAAAUGCAGCUCUGGAUGAAGGACUCAGCACUGUGCAGGUUUUACAGACUGCCUACAGAGCAACAGUCCAACUGGCCAAGCAGAAGAUAUGUGCAGUUCAGUGACUUUGGGAUGAUUCUGAUCUCCAGAGGAAGCGCAGACACUCAUAUCUAAUACAUAUUAAAUGUGACUUAGUGGUUAGCACGUUUGCCUCACACCUCCAGGGUCGGGGGUUCGAUUCCCACAUUCACCUUGUGUGUGUGGAGUUUGCAUGUUGUCCCCGUGCCUCGGGGGUUUCCUCCGGGUACUCCGGUUUCCUCCCCCGGUCCAAAGACAUGCAUGGUAGGUUGAUUGGCAUCUCUGGAAAAUUGUCCGUAGUGUGUGUGUGUGUGUGUGUGUGUGCGAAUGAGAGUGUGUGUGUGCCCUGUGAUGGGUUGGCACUCCGUCCAGGGUGUAUCCUGCCUCGAUGCCCGAUGACGCCUGAGAUAGGCACAGGCUCCCCGUGACCCGAGAGGUUCGGAUAAGCGGUAGGAAAUGAAUGAGUGAGAGUGAUAUUAAACCAUCCUUGUAAUAUGGGGAUUACACACAUUAUUGUUUUCUGUUUUACACACACACACACACACACACACACACACACACACACACACACACACACACACACACACACACACACGAA